ACAGACGGUAGUAUCAAAGCCAACGUCAUUUUAACUUGCAAAUUUUGGAAAUCAGCUGCUGAAAAACACAUCGUUGAAACGAAGACAUUUACAACCAAAAAUGAAGCUAAAACCUUAGAUGAUGAUAAUGAUGAUACAAUUCACCUUCUUAUGGUAGAAGUUCAGUCAGAUGACACAAAAAUGAAUAUUGACGAUGAUAAUUUUGAGAAUAGAGUCAAUAAUUUUGAACGUAACUUUCAUUUUGCAACAAUUCGAGAUCUCUCGCGAUUGUUAAGUAGUCAAAUCCUACAACACAACGGCCGAAAGUUCUUUUGUGAUCGAUGCUUGUGCCACUUCCAAGAUUUAAUUGUAUUUAAUGAACAUCGCCGGGAUUGUAUUCAAAUUAACAAAGUUAAAAUUGAGCUUCCAAUUGAAAAAAUUUUAAAUAUCAGGAAGAUGUACCGUUCG